CAUCAGUCGCUCCGCACCGGCCGCCGCGACCGCGCAUGCGCCACACGCCGCAAGACGCGAACGUAUUUGAAUUUGGAAUUCGGAAUUCGAUUUUUGAAUUUGACGCUUUCUCAACGUGGGAAAUUAUGUCAAAUUGUUAAAUGUGUGCGGUAUAGAAUAGGGUUGGAUUAUUUGAUUUUUGUGUGAACUGUGUGCUUUUAUUCUGUGUUUUGGAUGUUAUUACAAUGAAUUUAAGAUAGCACACAGUAGCCAUGGACCAAUCAGAACAGUGCGGGAACGGACUCGUCGAUAUGUCGUGUUUGUGAUACAGUGAUGAAACAGUUGGUGACCAAAAUGUGGACAAAAUACACUUUUGUACUCGUGUGCUCGGCACUGUACCUGCACACGGCGACUUGCUGCAACUUCUACCCGGUGGGCGAGUACCUGCGCUUCGUGCGGAUCCCCGAGGACCUGAAGGUGGGGGAGGAGGUCCUGCGAGUGGAGGUGCACCCGAGGAAAAAUCUGAGUCUGCAACCAGUGGAUAAGGAGGAAGAUGCCCAUCUGUUCACGUACAGAGACGUGAAUAGGACUCACGUGUCGGUGGUGCUAGCCCAGAGUCUUGAGGAGUUGGUGGACAGCGACAAUCCACAGAAUGUCGUCAAGUUCCGACUUGGCUGUGACUUCGACACUGGCGACGAUCUGAUCUCGGCGUAUUUAUCAGUGACCGUGUACGUGGAGGACAUCAACGACCACGCGCCGCAGUUCACCGGAGCCCCCUACAGGCUCACUGUUGACGAGCUCACCCCAACAGGUCUAACCAUCUUCAAAUCCAUCCAUGCGUUCGACCGCGACAAGCCCAACACGCCGAACUCCGAUGUCCAGUACAGCAUCAGCUCCGGCGACCAGCUCGGCCACUUCGCGCUCGAGAGCUCCCACCGCCCGGCGCUCGUGCUGAAGAGAUCCCUGGACUAUGACGCCGGGGAUAGAGAGUUUAAGCUCGUUGUUACUGCCUCGGACCGCGGCACCCCAUCCCGCAGCUCCAACGCCACGGUGCUGGUCUCAGUCCAGGACAGCGACGACCUGCCGCCCAAGUUUACGCUCGACGUGUACCGCACGCAGAUACCAGAGUUCUACCCGCUGCUUGGUAAACGAAUCCACAAGGAGUUGGCUUUUGAAGAGCCAAUCAAGGCUCUAGACCAGGACAUGGGAGUAGGGGCUCCCGUGCGAUACGAAUUGAUAUCAGGAAACGACCGAAGACUCUUCUACUUGAAUCCCAUAAACGGAACUCUGUUUUUGGAGAAAGAAAUUGACUUGGAUUCAGAAACUUCAUUACCAGGAAACACAUUUAUGUUGCAAAUCCAAGCGGCUCAAGUAGAUAAUCCGCUGAAGACGGCACAGGCGAGAGUUGAGAUCGAGUUAUUGGAUUUAAAUGACAAUUUACCAGAAUUCGAGGUGGAUUUCUAUAACAUUAGUAUCGUGGAAAAUCUGCCUAAUGGUUUCAGUGUAUUGCAAGUGAUGGCUACAGACCGAGACCAAGGGGACAAUGGCGAAUUCAUGUACCAACUGAAUGACCCUGAAGGAGCUUUUGCGAUUGAUCCACGCACGGGUUGGCUUACCGUGAAGAAUCAGACAGUCCUCGACAGAGAACAACAUGCAAACCUACGGAUGAAGGUUUAUGCCAAAGAAAAAAACCCAAGCGUUGUAGGAACUUUCUUAGACAAGCAAAGAUUAUCCAAAUGGAGACGAAACCCCACUACACUACGUGGACAACCAACCAAAGAAAAGACUACUUAUGUAUUUCCCGACAGAAUAGGAGCCAAGAGUGAAAAUGUGGAAUACUUCGAAGAUAUUCACCAACUAAUGUCAUUUGUUACUGUUGAAGUAACACUAUUAGACGCUAAUGAUAAUAAUCCAACUUUCACACCUAGCAAUUUAUAUGAAUUUUCCAUCAAGUCUAACGCUAACGUUGGAAUGUUCAUUGGAAAAGUCAAGGCAGUUGAUCCAGAUUUGGGAAGGAACGGCAUAGUGUUUUACGAUUUGCAAAGAACCAGUAACUUGACAAUAACGUCGCCUUUCCAAGUUGAUGCUAAAACUGGUGUUAUAACGUUGGCCGAGACUCCCAUUGUAGAAGGGCGACAUGCACUUUUUAUCGAAGCCUCUGAUCAACCAGCAAAUCCCAGCGAACGGAGAUAUUCUUUGGCUGUUGUUACUAUUGAUGUUGUUAGGCCGAACAAAGGAUCUAGACCAGAGAAACCAGAUUUCUUAGGUGCACCUUAUGAAUUUUGGGUUGGAUCAAAUGUUGGAAUUGGAACAAGCGUUGGGCAAAUAAAAGUAAAUGAUGCAAUGGUAAAACAUGAAGUCGUUUAUGACUUACUACAUGGAUACGAGGAGGGAGUGCCAUUUGCUGUAGAAGAAAAGUCCGGAGUGAUUACCGUUAUAGAUGAAUUAUCAAAAUAUAAUCGUCCAAUGUUCGAUUUUGAAGCAAUGGCAGUUCAGGAAAAUACCAACGUUACAAUAGUAACAAAUGCUACGGUGCAUGUUGUUGAUGUGCAAGAUGAGAGAGGCGUUCUAUUAAAAGGAGCUCACUCUCCGCUUGAAUUCACGGUAAAAGAAAAUAUUGGAGGUGCAACCAUUGGGCAAAUAUUUUACGUCAACGUCAGUUCUUUACCACCUAACGCUACGGGAAAUAUUCAGUUUAUAAUUGCUAACCAGCAAGAUGUUACUGAUGAUAUUGCAAUAGGUCAAGAUGGGACUAUAUUUGCUCAAAAACCACUAGACAGAGAAAAACGAGAUACAUACCGAAUGACAGUUAUAGCUGAGUUCAACAAAGGACUUAUUUCGGGUGCUGGCAUCUAUCAGAUUGUUAUCCAUGUAGAAGAUGAUAACGACAAUCCUCCUGUAUUUGACUCUCCAUCUUACGAAGGCUCUAUUAUUGAGAACUCUAAAAAAGGGACAUUGGUUAAAAUGUCGGGAAAAGUCAGGGCUAAGGAUGCUGACUUAGGACAAAAUGCGCUGUUCAUGUAUACCUUAUUUGGUGAAGGUCAUGAGCAGUUUAGCGUCGAUGAAAAUACUGGGUCUGUUAUGUUUAUUGGUUACAAACUUGACCGAGAAGAAAAAAGCCUGUAUCUUCUGAAAAUAGUUGCCCGGGACAAGGGCGGUUUGAGUUCAGAAACAAAACUAACGAUAACCAUUGUAGAUGAAAAUGAUAACAGUCCAAAAUACUCACAAAUUACUAUACCUGUAGAAGAAAAUAUCACAUUACUAGAGGUCAACGAUAAAGCUACGAUAAAAAUAUAUCGAGAGAAAAUAAAUGAAAAGACUGGCAUGGUGUCCAAAAUUGAGGCGAAACCUAAAAACAAAUUCUCAGUUAUGGCAGAUACUUAUGGACCCUUAUUCUCAGUCCCUGAAAAUGUGGCAGUAGGAUCCACAAUAUUAAAGCUCGAUGCUUUGGAUAUGGAUAGUAGCAUUAAUGGGCAAGUAAGAUACGAAUUUAUGUCUGAAGUAUUCAUGCCUCCUCAUGCUAUGUCUGCAGAAGCUAUGAAUGUGAAGCGGUACUUUGUCAUAAAUGAAAGACAUGGAUACAUAAUUGUAGCGAGGUCUUUACCACCAGAGUCAGAGUUUAGACUGAAUGUAUCAGCUUUGGAUGGUGGAGGACUAAGUGAUAAUUUAUCAGUAAGAAUUUUUGUGAAAGACGUCAAUGAUCAUUUUCCAAUGUUCAAAAAAUCGUGGUACACGUUCAACGUUGAAGAGGCGCUCUAUUCCAGAAAAGUUCUUGGAAAAAUCGACGCUACCGAUGCAGAUUUUGGACAAAAUGCGAAUCUUACUUAUUAUAUUCAACCUGAUACCAAAGAAUUACCAUUUGAAAUAUCACCACAAAGUGGUGUAUUUAGUGUUAAUGGGGAGUUAGAUAGAGAAAGAGAAGAGAAAUACACGCUAACAGUGGUUGCCAAAGACAAUGGUCCUGACAAAAAACUAUCUUCGUCUGUAACAGUAGAAGUGCAAGUCUUGGAUGUUAACGAUAAUGCUCCAAAGUUUUUUGCUUAUGACGAACUCCAACAAUGGAAACAUCCUGAGGCAAAUGAACAUCAAAAUCAUAACUUUGAAUCAGUUAUGAUGAUGCCAAUAUAUCGAUCUAAAAUAGAAGAAAAUAGUCCAAUCGGCACUACAGUAGGAAGAGUUUAUGCUAAUGAUUCUGAUUUUAUUGGCAAUGGAAAUGGACUCAUACUUUACAGCUUACCGCAAAGGAGAAAUCAUAUGAAUUUAUUUACAAUUGAUUCCAAAGAAGGCAUUAUAACAACUGUUGGAAAACUAGAUUAUGAAACUCAAUCCAUUCAUAACAUCACAGUUGUCGCUUCAGACUUGGGGUCACCCAGCUUGAGUUCCACAGCAGUAGUAAUUUUGUCUGUUACUGACUUACCUGAUGAAGUUGAAGUGAAAGAUAAACCAGUAUUUAUAUCCAGAUAUUAUGAACUAGAGAUAGAGGAAAAUGUUCAUACACCUGUAGAACUAGUGACAUUAAACCUGACAGAAUAUUAUGAAAACUUCAAAAUGAAAUAUUAUAUUUUAAAUGAAAACGAUCCAGCGGUUAAAAAAAUGUUUGUGAUAGAUCCAAGAAAUGGAACACUGUAUCUUGUAAAGAGCCCGGAUAGAGAAACGAAAGCUACGUAUGAAAUAGUUGUCAGGGCUGAAAGACAGAAGAUAAGUCGUGAACUUCCACACAUGAUUUACCCAGUGUCUGACGACGUUUUGGAAGGCAUGACAAAGUUUGAUGUUAAAGUAAUAGUAAGAAUAAAGGAUGUCAACGACAAUGCACCUAAGUUCACUUCAGGGGGGAGGCCAAUGGUUACUGCGAUUCCUACCACAGCAGCAUUCGGAUAUCAAGUUAUUCAGUUACAUGCUACCGAUUCAGAUUUAGGUAUCAAUGCAGACAUACGGUAUCAGAUCAUCAACGAUCAAUCACAAAGGUUUGCCAUCGAUCCAAUAUCUGGUCAAGUCCGAGCAGUAGCAUCUUUUGCUAGAGACGCUGGCAGAGUAUUUGGUUUUGAUGUCAAAGCUACGGACAAGAAAGGUGCUGACGACGGAAAAUCUGCUAUAGCCAAUGUUUUCGUUUACGUUUUGGAUGACAAUAAUCAACUGGUGUUAGUUUUGGGUGGAAAGCCGAUGGACGUAGAAAUACACAUGGAGAAUAUCACUAAGUCAUUGGCUGAUAUCACAGGAUAUGAUAUCAGAGUCAGGAAACUAGAAGCCAAUUCUAAAGCUGCCAUGGAGGGAUUAGCAACCGAUAUGUACAUUUACGCUGUUGACCCGAUGUCUAAUGCCAUAAUUGAUAUGGAAGUUCUGCAAAAAUCUCUGCUAAAACGAGAAGUGGAUCUACGGCACGAGCUAAAUGGCUUCAAAAUAUUAGAAGUUGGAGAUACGACCAUGGCCCAAGCCAGGAGUAGCAAGAUGCUCAGUACUAUGGAGAUUAGCAUAGUGGCUCUCGGCUGUAUUGUGUUCAUCGGAGCUUGCACUACCGCCAUCUGCAUAUUGUGUGUGAGAAGAAGCAGAAGAAAUACCAACAAACCGUAUUCUAAGCAUCGCCUUAACACUUUCUCUACUGAGCACUUAGCGAAGUAUGGAGGGUUGUUCCCAUCUGGAGGAAACCAGUGUCAAGAACUGAACCAGUCAUACAGCGAAGCGGACUCUUACAUCGAUGUGAUAAACACUGUAGCAAAGAAGAUAUGCCCACAUGGCAACACUGUUGAAGAGUUUGGAAAAGCUCAUCAGAAAUGUGUGAAGAACACCUUCCCAGGAGAUGGUCAUGCGUCAGAUCCGUGUAGUAAGAAACACGAGAAUCUGUGCAUCAAAUACAACCAAGUACAGAGACCGCUGCAAAAAAGGAGAGGACAAGACACAUCGAUAACGUCAGUGAAUUCCAGUGGGCAGGACUCCGGGAUCGCCGAGCGCUGUCCCUGCGGCCACUCCAACGCGCACACCAGCGAGGAUAGCAGCGGGUAUGAGAACUGCAGUUACGAAGACUCACUGAAGUCAAACAACAACCACCAAAUAGAGAUCCGUACGACGACGAAACCCUACCACCAGUCAGUGGAGAACAUAGCCGACCACCGCUUCCACCGGCGAGCGUCCUUCAGCCACCAGCCUUUCGACCACAGGCGCUUCAACUUCGGAAGGCAAUCGUUCUCAGAAAACAUACAGAAGCACUUCCCCCCAUUCGAGAGGAUCGGCUCAGGGCCGCGAAUGACCAGGCAGAUAUCUACUCCGAACGUAUCCGUAUUGUCCACACAGCCAUAUUUCUUGGGCAAUAAGAAAGCGUUUAGGAGAAAAGAAGCGCUAAAUGAGCCGAUGAUUGAUUACGACCAGAGUGAUGGAGAUGACCAUUUUGACGUGAGAAUCAACAGGCGAGCCAGCACGAAGCACAAGCGCGGCAAGUUGAUGGAGCUGGGCGGGCAGGCCGCCGUGUUCGUGGCCACGCCCGCCGCCGCCGAGCUCAUGCGGCGCCAGGGCAGCGAGCGGUUCAUGUUCGCCAGGCCGUUAUAGUAGCCUGGGGACCACUCUAGCUUGUGGUGAACCAGGAUUCGAACCACGAGUCUAUCUGUCAGUUUCACAGUUGAGAACGUCAAGAUAAACUGUACAGUUUGAGUAUGGAAUGCAGCGCUGUAAUUGGCUGAACUAUCGUUGAGAAGGUCUUAAGUUCAUGCUUAUGUAGAUUUACUCAAAUGUGAAACUGAGCCGAUGUCGUUGCGAGAGAGAUCCGGUUCGUUCAUUUUUUACACAGCUAGAGUAAACUCUUCGGAGUCUUUGUCAAGCAGCGUUUACACGAUAAGAGUACGCACAAAACAAUUGACUGUUGAUACAUACUUCAUGUGAUCCAAGCGCUCUGGGAUAACAACAGGCAACUAGCCGAUCGGAUUAUGCCCAACUUUCAUACGAGCCGGCUAGGAUUGGGCAUAUUCUUACCGUGUAAACUCUUGUUAGAGAAGAAAACGUAAAGUUAAGUGUAGAGGGCGCCACUAGCGAUUAGAAGGUUUUUGGACAGUGCUGCCAAAGUUUCGCUAGUUAUCAUAGCGAUUCGUCCAUUGGAAAUCUAGUUGUAUACGUCCUCUUUUAUACCAAUUGUAUUUAUUCAUGUAUUUAUAAACUUGUAUUAUAUUGUAUUUUGUUAAUGUUAAGUUGGAGUUUUGUCUGAUGUAAUCUACUGUUUUCUUAAGAGAUUUUAUAGUUUACUUAAGUAAGGCAGACAUAUAAUGUACUGUACAGUGUACAUAUAAACCAUAUUAGAUCAUCGAACCCUUUAGAUUUUUCUAAGCAAAACACUAUCGAUUUUUAAUGUGGUGAAAAUUUGAUAACCAUUAUAUCCCACUGAAUUAAUGUUACGUACGUGUAUGCAAAUGUACCUCAAUAUACUCAUAGUUUUGGUACGUCUCUAGAAUGGUUGAUAAAUAAAAAUCCAUUAUAUUUUAAUACAAUCCAGUAAUUUAAUGAAAUGUUUAAAAAGUAAAAUAAUGUUAUAACUAUUUCAUUAUAAUUCAGGCAAAAAAUAUAAGUUAGCAUUUUAAAAUACUGACUAAGAAUUUUCAUGAACUUCAGAUAAAAUCUUUGUGCCAUUGUAAACGAACACUAAAUACUGUGUCUAAAAAUAUUCCGCCGUUUUUCCCUUUGUGUACUAAUUAAGUAAUUUUGUACUUUUAUUUUGUAAAUAGGCUAAACAAUGUAAAUAUACUCGCUAGAGACGUAAGAAAUAAAAUACCUAGUUGUGCUCAAUUAUA